AUGGCGACGUUGGGAACUCUGGAGGUGCUCCUUGCCAACGCAGAAGACCUUCACAAUACUAACUUUCUAUUUAAGAUGAACCCUUACGUCAUCGUGAAAUGCCAAAACCAGGAGCACAAAAGCAAAGUUGCAUCCAAAGAAGGCAGCAAUCCGGAAUGGAAUGAGACGUUUGUUUUUAAGCUGUCAGAAGGGGCUUCUGAUCUGACUAUCAGAAUAAUGGACAAGGAUACAUUUAGUGCGGAUGAUUUCGUUGGAGAAGCGAAAAUUCCAUUGGAGGGAGUGUUGAUGGAAGGAAGCGUCCCCCCUACACCUUAUAACGUAGUUCUCAUUGACCAGACUUACUGUGGGGAGAUCAAAGUGGGUCUCACCUUCACUCCCAAGGAAGAGUGUUAUGAAGAAGAGGAGGUGGAAGGAGGCUGGAAAGAAGGAUCUCUAUGA